CGAGCGCACUCAGCCGGAGCAGCAGCGGAGCGGAGCAGCGGAUCUACCGAGCAGUGUGUGUGUGUGUGUGAGUGUGUGAGUGUGUGUGUGUGUGUGUGUGGACCGGACGGGACCGAGGGGAACUAUACAGCGAAGGAAGAAACGAAGAGUUCUUGUUGCUGUUUGUUUUCCUCCCAGCUGGUCGCUGUUUUCAAAACUCCCCCCACCACCCCCCCCCCAAAAAAAAGUUGUUUCCGCACCGGACGCCGACAGACGCGCGCGCGCCCGCCGGACAUCGAUCAGCUGUGAGGAGGAGAUGCGGGCUGGUCGGACAGAUCGUCUGGUUUGAAGAGCGCAGGAGAAGAAGCCCCAGAGAGGCGCGAGGUCCUGGGAUGAGAGCCCUCUGCCAUUCCCCCGUCUGCCCCAGACCCCUGGGAGGAGAACGCUGGGCGACACUCUGAGAGGGUGCGGUGUGUCUGACGCCGUCGGGCUGCCAUGGCUCUGGUUCAGGCACUACCUGUGACCGUGACUGAACACCCCAAUCCCGGUCUCGAAGUCCAGCAGUGCCGCCCGCUGUCACCCCACUCCCCCUCAGGCCCCUGCUCUGGCCCCUGUGGGCCCCGUAGCUCCGGGACGGCCAUGGGUUCCGUCAGCAGUCUCAUAUCGGGCCGGACGUACCAGGAGAAACACUGCCGCGCUGCCAGCGAGUUCACCGCCAAACCUCGCCGCUCCACGCCAGCGACCAGCUGCUUCCGGCUUCAGGACAACACCCUCCGCAGCGGGAGCUCCUUAGAGCAGCUGCUGGUUAUCAGCAGCCACACGCAGCCUCAGGCCCACGUUGUGCCUCCGCCGCUGCCCACCAAAAAGCAGCCUCGGCCCGGCAACUCCGCUGGAGCAGUAGGUGGCGGCUCUAAUGGGAACUUUGGGUACGUGAGCGAUGAGGUGGUGGUUGGGGACUGGAACGACAACCUGGUGGUGGCAGCUGUGAGCCCCUGCAGUGACUCAGAGGACCCCAGGGACAACAGGACUCUGAACGGCAACAUCGGAGGGCCUCCUCCUAAACUCAUCCCAGUGUCGGGACAGUUAGAGAAGAACAUGGAGAAAGUGCUGAUCCGUCCGACGGCGUUCAAACCUGUUGUUCCCAAGAAUCGUCACUCUGUGCAGUACCUGUCACCCCGGCCAGGGGGCAGCAGUCUGUCAGAGAGCCAGGGCAGCCUCAGCCUGCUGCUGCCCCUCGGACCCGCCGGCAGCACGAACGUCAACGGAGCGAGCAGCAGUUCCAGCUCUGAAGGGAAACGCAACUCCUUCUGUGGUGGUCGCAAUCCGCGGAGCAGCCAGUCCUGCUCCAUGUCAGAUUCGGGGAGGAACUCCCUCUCCAGCCUCCCCACUCACAGCAGCACAGGCUACAGUUUGGCCCCCAGUGAGGGUUCCAGCUCCGGCUCUGGCUCAGGGGUCCAGCUGGAGCCCGUCACAGGCCUGGGCCGAAACACUUCAGCUGGAAGUGGGAGCCAUGGUCACACUAACUCGGACAGUGGACGUUCCUCAUCCAGCAAGAGCACAGGCUCAGGGUCGCUUAGUGGGCGCGGGCAGCCCCUGUCAGACAACGGGUCCUGUGGCCACUCGCCGCCACCGGUGGAGGGCUAUGAAGGGGUGGUGAGGGAGCUGGAGGACAAGCUGAGGGAGCGAGACCUGGAGCUCCAGCAGCUCCGGGAAAAUCUGGAUGAGAAUGAAGCUGCAAUCUGCCAGGUGUACGAGGAGAAGCAGCGUCGCUGUGAAAGAGAGAUGGAGGAGCUGAGACAGAGCUGUGCCACGAAAAUGAAGCAGACCUCGCAGAAGGCCCAGAGGGCACAGCAGGUGUUGCAGUUACAGGUAUUCCAGUUACAGCAAGAGAAGAAGAAGCUGCAGGAGGACUUCUCCUCUCUGCUGCAGGACAGAGAGACGCUGGAAAGAAGGUGUGCCACCAUCCAGAGGGAACAAACCCAGCUCGGGCCACGUCUGGAAGAGACAAAGUGGGAGGUGUGUCAAAAGUCAGGAGAGAUCUCCCUCCUGAAACAGCAGCUGAAGGAGAUCCAGUCGGAGCUCAGCCAGAAGGCAGGCGACAUCGUGGUCCUGAAGGCCCAGCUGAGAGAAGCCCGAUCCGAGCUGCAAGCCAGCCAGGCUCGAUCGCAGGAGGCCCAUGCGGCCGUGCGGACGCGGUCUCUGGAGCUCGAGGUCUGCGAGAAUGAACUCCAGAGGCGCAAGAGCGAAGCUGAGCUGCUGCGGGAGAAAAUGUGCCGUUUGGAGGAGGAGUCGGCCCGACUCCGCGACACUCUGUCCAAUCACAAUGGACACUCUCUACCCGGAAACGCGAUCAUGAAGGGGCAGGGCAUGAACAUGUCUCUGCAACAUGGCAGGGGUGUGGCAGUAAGGGGCGGUCCCAGUCCGUCUGUGUACCGCGACGGAGAGGAGACUCACUUGGUCUGGGGAGGAGAGAGUGAUGAGGCCAAGGCUCAGAGGCAGAAUGCAGAGGCAGUGUUAGGCCUCAGACAACAGGUGGACAGGCUGAAGGCCGAGCUCAUGUAUGAGAGGAGGACCAGUGAGGAGCACCUGUCACGGUUCGAGGAUGAGAGGAGGGUGUGGCAGGAGGAGAAGGAGAAGGUGAUCCGCUACCAGAAACAGCUGCAGCAGAACUACAUCCAGAUGUACCGUCGAAACCGGGAUCUCGAGCGGGUAAUGAGGGAGCUGAGUCUGGAGCUGGAGAACAGGGACAUGGACGACUACGAGGUCCACAGCGGCAGCAACGACAUCCACUUUGAGGAAAUCACCGCCACGGAAAUCUAGAAAUGGACUCACGCUUGACAGUAAUAUGUGCACAGAAAACACACAGGGCCGCAACUCUCUCCAAAAAUUGUUCCUCAAACAUUGAACUCUUUGAGGUGGAUUUACCUGGACCACUGAGUGAGCCCUCACCACUUGUCACUGUCAAAACGCCCAAAGGGGAAUUUCUUACUCUACAGUUUUACUCCAGUAAAUUCUUAUUAGGUGUCCGCCCCUGGCACUUAUAAUGGGUUUUGUCCCAGCACAAAGACUUCUUUUCCUUCUGUUGAAAAACAAGUGUUUCUUUCUCAGAUUCACAUUCAAAUCAGGGUAUCAAACCUCGACGGCAACUUAAAGCAAAACAUUUUUACUAGACGCACAGAAAAUCUGGUCAGUGUGUAGUCACACUUUUCUUGGGUAGCACACGAGGUUAUAGACGCUCGGCCACCAGCAUGACAUCAACACCACCACUUUUGGCCAAGCUGUCAUGCUCAUUUGCAACAAUAAAACAACAACCGCUGGUUCUCCAAGGGACUGCUAAAGGGAAAAUAACACCAAAUAUUACAACAUCCGCUGUUUUGUAUUUUAUAGUGUUCAGAGGAUCAGCAGUUGGUUUCACUUUAUUAAGAGGUUAGGAAUCAUUUUGUUUUUUGGAGGUAUUGCCUCAGCAGUGUGUAUUUGAAUAGGAAUGUAUUGUGACUGUUGCUACUAUGGAAAAAAUGCAGUACACACGGUCGCCACUGGCAACGAAACAAUCCAAUCCAAGGGAAACAUGGUUAUUAUUUUGCACAACUUCCCUGCUCUUUUCCAGUGAAGCAAACUCAAGACAAACUCUCUGGGUUCGCUCACACGUGGACAUCCUUUUCUGUCAGUUCCGCCGAACACCCAAAAGGAUGCAGAAAACAAAAGGUUCAAAAGAAAAAAAAAGUGUUAUUUGAACACUGGUUUUCUAGACCGACAAGAGUCAUGCUUUUGCACUUGAUCAAUGUGUCAACCCAUUCACAAGCUCUGACAUACACAUUAACGUUUUACAGUGAUGUAGCACGAGGAAGCAGACUGUAGCAUGGUAGAUAUCACCAGGAUGCUGCUGAUUCUCCUUUUUUCUCUGUCUUCUUCUGCCUUUGUCUCUCUCUCUCUCUCUCUCUCUCUCUCUCUCUCUCUCUCUCUCUCUCUUUCCAUCUCUAUAUCUGCUCCUUACUCAGCUAUUUUUAUAACACUGAAAAGCACCUCUGCAGUCGGUAUCAGGAAACUAAAAAUGGAGCAUAUUCUUUCGGUUUGGUCAUCGCGUCACUCGGAGAUAUAAGCCAGUGUUUGAAUCGUAGGCAUGCUUAUUCAGAGUUUCCAUUUAUUCCCCUUCUUUCCCAUUAGUGCUCUUUAUUUAGCUUCCGGCUGCCAGAAGCCAAAUAACAAGUCUUCCUAGUCUCCCCUAGACUAUAAUCUCCAAUGACUGCUAUACAGGUAGUGCGACUGGCAUGUCUGCAUGUCUUUGUUGUAUCAGAUUUCAGAAGACGCUGGCUCAGAUAGCUUUGAGAUUGGGAAUGUGCAGAUGGAGUAGCUCCAGCACUGAAUGUCCUUGAGGCAGGUCGGCAGUUAAAGCCACAAAAGAAAAACCGAUGAGGAGGAUGUUAACACUCGCAGCUGUGGGGUCGCUAUUUUCUCGCGGUGGCACGACGGGUCUCUGUGGAAACAAAGUAGUGGGCUGAGAACUUUUAUUUUACAAAGAGUCUAUAUCACGGAAUAAUAGUUAAAUGGAAAUCUAUAUAACGGAGGAGAUGUUGUAUAUUUUUUUAUAUAUAGCACCUGAAGAUAUUUUGUUGUAGUACUGGUAUAAGUGUGGGUUUAAUAUGCAAAGUAUAAAGACUUCUAUAUAUAUAUAUAUAUAUACACAUAUAUAUAUCAGAUACUAAUAUUUCAAAUGAUGGAUCAAUCACAAAUGGAGGCGGCAGCAUAGACAGAGUGCACCUAAUACUGUAAUGCAUGAAAAUCUGUUUACAAUCUAUAAUCUGUGUGACACAAACAGACACUAUCUGGUGACCAAACUUUGCAGCUGAUAAAGCGGUCAGGGGCUUUAAUUUAUGGUUUAGUUUUGACCUGUUGUCUCUCCAUUUUCAUUGAUCUUUCACUUGAUUGUUACAAUAUCGCACCGAUCUAUGUCUCCAUCGCGCGUCUUGUCCUUCAUAAAUGCAGGAGACGGGUCACUCUUGAGCAACGUCUUCAUUGAGUUGAGGUUGGAGCUGAUGCAAAACCAGAAAGAGUUUUAUAUUCUCAGAAAUUUUAGCAGUGCAACGAUGUGGAGUGACUUCAGCACGGAACAAGAUGGGUCCGACCGUAUUCCCGUCGUUAACCCCGACCUAGACUGUUACACCACAGUUGCAGCACAGGUACAGAUUAAUAACAAGCCCGGGGUGUUGCGAAUCAAACUCACCCCCUGGCUGGAAAGUACUGUGUGCAUCCCAGAUUUCCAUCGUUUCUUCAUAUCUCACUCUCUGUGUAUUUUCUUGCAUAACAGUUUUCUGUGUAAAUAUGUAAAACACGAAAUAGUAUAACAGAGUGACAUUGUUUAGACAAAGUGUCUAAUUCAAAUGUAGCCACUGUGAUUAGACCAAAGCAACGUAACACAUUUCUUUUUUUCCCCCCGUCCUUUUGUGUUUGCUUCUGUUGUGUCGUCAUUCAUUCAUAAAGUAUGUAGUUGUCUAUGUAUAUUUUUACGUGUACAUUUCUUGUACAAAUGACUGUGUUUUUAAUUAAAGAACAAGUUGUCACACCUCAAA